GUAGCCUUCGGCCACCAUUUUGUUGUUGUAUGCAUUUGUGGGUGUGGUUCUGUUCUGCCAGCAGUUGUCUGCAGUAGAAGCUGAACGAAAGCAGAUAACUGUCUUUUCUUGACCGGUAAACUCUACUAUACUGCGUUAGGCGUAUUGAAAAAACAAGUGAGCUGCUUUUUUACAUACUAGUAGUAACAACAAUUACCCUGGUCUGGCGUUUUGUUUGAUCGUUCCGAGCCCGACUCAUACUAGGACCGGCAACAUGGAGCAGACUAUAGCUCCCAAAGAAGUCAGGAUCCUGGAAACUGCUGAAGAUAUUCAGGAGAGAAGAGAUCAAGUCCUCUCUCGUUAUUCGCAAUUCAAAUCAGAAGCCCGAGCAAAGCGUGACAAGUUAGAAGACUCUCGUCGUUUCCAGUAUUUCAAGCGUGACGCUGAUGAAUUGGAAUCAUGGAUUUUUGAGAAGCUUCAGGCUGCUUCAGAUGAAAGUUAUAGGGAUCCUACAAAUCUCCAAGCCAAAAUUCAAAAACAUCAAGCAUUUGAGGCAGAAGUUGCUGCCCACAGCAAUGCAAUUGUCAGCCUUGACAACAUUGGACUUGAAAUGAUAAAUGAAGGUCAUUUUUCUGCAGAAAUAAUUCAAAAACGGUUGAAAGAGUUGCACCGCUUGUGGGAGCUGCUUCUUUCGCGUUUAGCCGAUAAGGGCAUGAAGUUACAGCAGGCUCUUGUCCUUGUGCAGUUCUUACGCCAAUGCGAUGAAGUUAUGUUUUGGAUCAAUGAUAAGGAAGCUUUUGUUUCAUCUGAUGAAUUCGGAUCAGAUCUAGAACAUGUCGAAGUAUUACAACGCAAAUUUGACGAAUUUCAGAAAGACAUGGCAGCUCAAGAGUUCAGAGUAACUGAGGUCUUAGAACUUGCUGAUCGCUUAAUCAAAGACGGCCAUCCUGAAGUUGAUACCAUCAAUCGCCGCAAAGAGGAACUAAAAGAGUCAUGGCAAAGGUUGAGGUUGUUGGCACUGAAUCGCCAAGAGAAGCUUUUUGGUGCCCAUGAAAUCCAGCGUUUUAACCGGGAUGCUGAUGAAACCGUUGCGUGGAUUACCGAAAAAGAUGUUGUCUUGUCGUCAGACGAUUUUGGUCGUGACUUAGCAAGUGUACAGACACUGCAGCGUAAACAUGAAGGUGUCGAGCGCGAUCUUGCAGCUUUGGAAGAUAAAGUUAUGACUCUGGGACAAGAAGCAGCUCGCCUAUGCGGUAUUCAUCCGGACCAUGCAGAUCAAAUCAAAGCCAAGCAUCAAGAGAUAGAAAAUAACUGGGAAAGCCUGACUGGCAAAGCUAAGGAACGCAAACGUCGACUAGACGACUCUUACUUUCUACAUCGCUUUUUAUCGGACUUCCGUGAUUUAGUCUCAUGGAUUCACGAUAUGAAAGCCAUUAUCGCCGCAGAUGAAUUGGCUAAAGAUGUUGCAGGUGCCGAAGCCUUGCUGGAACGUCACCAAGAACACAGGGGAGAAAUUGAUGCCAGAGAAGAUAGCUUUCGCGCAACCGCAGAAGCCGGUCAAGUCUUGGUAGAGAAGGAACAUUGGGCUGCACCGGAAGUAAACGAAAAACUGAUUACCUUGUCCAACGAGAAACAAAAUUUGUUGACACUAUGGGAGGAGCGACGAAUUUUGUACGAACAGUGCAUGGAUCUUCAACUUUUUUAUCGGGAUACCGAGCAAGCUGACACUUGGAUGGCCAAACAAGAGGCUUUCUUGUCUAAUGAAGAUCUGGGUGAUUCGCUGGAUUCUGUCGAAGCUCUUAUCAAGAAACACGAGGACUUCGAAAAAUCACUGGCUGCUCAGGAAGAGAAAAUAAAAGCUUUGGAUGAAUUCGCGUCUAAGCUGAUUGAAGGUCAACAUUAUGCUGCUGAAGAUGUGGCCCAACGCCGCGCCCUUUUAUUAGAUCGCCGUGGAGCUCUACUCGAAAAGUCCGGCCAGCGACGGGUUUUACUAGAAGAUUCCUUCCGUUUGCAACAGUUUGAAAGAGACUGCGAUGAAACAAAAGGUUGGAUCAACGAAAAACUCAAGUUCGCAACCGAUGAUAGCUACUUAGACCCAACCAACUUGAAUGGAAAAGUUCAGAAGCACCAAACAUUUGAACAAGAAAUGACUGCAAACAAAAGUCGUAUUGAAGAACUUGACGCCGUAGGACGUGAAUUGAUUGAAGGAAACCAUUGGGCUACCGAUAGGAUCCACUCACGCCUGGAAGAAAUCGUUCGUUUAUGGGAAACACUUUUAGCUGCCACCGAACGAAAGGGAACCAGAUUGGCUCAGGCCUCCCAACAGCAGCAAUUCAAUCGCGGCGUUGAAGACUUGGAAAUUUGGUUGAGCGAAGUCGAAGGCCAGCUAUUAAGCGAGGACUACGGCAAAGAUUUGACUAGUGUUCAGAACUUGCAAAAGAAGCAUGCUUUAUUGGAAGCAGAUGUAACUUCUCAUCAGGAUCGCACUGAUGCUAUUAAAUCAGCCGCCCAGCAGUUUAUCGAUUCAGGGCAUUUUGAUGUUGACAGCAUUCUCUCCAAACAGGCUAGUGUAACAGAGCGCUUUGAUGCCUUGCAAAACCCGAUGAGUUUGCGUAAGCAGCGGCUUUUAGAUUCUCUUCGAGUUCAGCAACUCUUUCGCGAUGUGGAAGACGAAGAAGCUUGGAUUCGCGAAAAAGAGCCAAUCGCAGCAUCCACCAACCGUGGCCGUGACCUAAUAGGUGUACAAAAUCUGAUCAAGAAACAUCAAGCGGUCUUAGCUGAAAUGCACAAUCACGAACCACAUGUCUUGGCUGUUUGCCAAACUGGGUUCCAAAUGGCUGAUGAUGGUCAUUUUGCCGCCGACGAGGUACACAAGCGUAUCCAGGCACUGACUGACCAUUGGGCCUAUUUGAAAGAGAAAGCCUUCCAGCGGAAGCAAGAUUUGGAAGACUCGCUCCAAGCCCAUCAAUACUUUGCGGAUGCCAAUGAAGCAGAGUCUUGGAUCAAAGAAAAGGAACCCCUGUCUGGCAGUGUCGAUUAUGGCAAAGAUGAGGAUUCAUCGGAAGCUUUGUUGAAGAAACAUGAGGCACUGAUGUCUGACCUUGAAGCUUUUGGAUCAACAAUUGUUGCUCUUAGAGAGCAAGCACAAAGUUGCCCACAAGAAGCCCCAGUGUCUGACGUUUCUGGCAAGGAGUGUGUUGUGGCCCUGUAUGAUUAUACUGAAAAGUCACCUCGUGAAGUCUCCAUGCGCAAAGGAGAUGUUCUCACUCUGUUGAAUUCCAACAACAAGGAUUGGUGGAAAGUCGAAGUGAAUGAUCGCCAAGGUUUUGUUCCAGCUGCCUAUGUUAAAAAAAUUGAACCAGGAUUGUCAGCAUCGCAGCAGGCUUUGGCGGAACAGAGUUCGAUCACUGCGCGCCAAGUCCAAAUCGAUAGCCAGUACCAGUCUUUAAUGGCUUUGGCCCGCGAACGCCAGCGAAAAUUAUCUGAAACGUGCAAGGCGUACGUUUUGGUGCGUGAAGCAGCUGAACUUGCCCAAUGGAUUAAGAAUAAGGAGCAAUAUGCUCACAUUGAAGACGUAGGCGAAGAUUUGGAACAAGUCGAAGUAAUGCAGAAAAAAUUCGACGAUUUUAAUGCCGAUCUAAAAGCAAAUGAAGUACGCUUGGCAGAGAUGAACGAAAUUGCCAUGCAGUUGAUGAGUCUUGGCCAAACGGAAGCAGCUCUGAAAAUUCAAACACAGAUGGAAGACUUAAAUCGAAAAUGGGCGUCGAUUCAGCAACUAACAGCCGAACGAGCUCAACAGUUGGGAUCAGCUCACGAAGUUCAACGUUUCCACCGUGACGUUGAUGAGACCAAAGAUUGGAUACAUGAGAAAGACGAAGCUCUCAACAAUGACGACUUAGGCAAAGACCUUCGCAGUGUUCAAGCGCUUCAGCGCAAGCAUGAAGGCCUAGAGCGAGAUCUUGCUGCUCUAGGAGACAAAAUUCGUCAAUUGGAUGAAGCUGCUGCUCGUCUGGUGCAAGGACACCCUGAUUCUGCCGAAACCAUUAAUUCAAAACAAGAAGAAAUCCACGAUGAGUGGACACAACUGACGGCAAAGGCAAACGCCCGCAAGGAAAAACUAUUGGAUUCGUACGAUCUCCAGCGUUUCUUAAGCGAUUAUCGUGACUUGACUGCUUGGAUUCAGUCAAUGAUGGGAUUAGUUGCUUCGGAUGAAUUGGCUUCAGAUGUUACCGGAGCCGAAGCACUUUUGGAACGCCAUCAGAAUUAUCGGAACGAAAUCGAUGCCCACUACGGUAUUCCGCAGGAGCAUCGCACAGAAAUUGAUGCUAGAGCAGGAACCUUUCAAGCUUUCGAGCUGUUUGGACAGCAUUUACUGCAGUCCAAUCAUUAUGCUUCUACAGAAGUCCAGGAGAAAUUGGAGAAUAUGAAUGUGGCUCGCCAAGAACUUGAAAAAGCUUGGAUCGGUCGCCGUAUGGAGUUAGAUCAGUGCUUGGAGCUACAACUAUUUUACCGCGAUUGUGAACAAGCCGAAAAUUGGAUGUCGGCACGCGAAGCUUUCCUAGCCGCUGAGGAGUUAGACAGUCAAGGAGACAAUGUGGAAGCUCUGAUUAAGAAACACGAAGAUUUUGACAAAGCCAUUAAUGCACAAGAAGAAAAAAUUGCCGCUCUUGCUACCUUCGCUGAUCAACUGGUUGCUGCUGAACACUACGCGAGCAAUGCCAUUGAUGGCAAAAAGAUCCAGGUGUUGGACCGCUGGGGUAACUUGAAGGAAGCGUUGAUCGAGAAACGCUCCAAGUUAGGAGAAUCGCAGACUCUGCAACAGUUCUCUCGUGAUGCGGACGAGGUUGAAAACUGGAUGGCAGAAAAAUUGCAAUUAGCUACAGAAGAGAGCUAUCGGGAUCCUGCCAAUAUCCAAUCAAAACACCAGAAGCAUCAAGCUUUUGAAGCUGAGUUAGCUGCAAAUGCUGACCGUAUUCAGGCUGUGCUUGCCAUGGGUCAAAAUUUGAUUGAUAAACACCAGUGCGCAGGAUCCGAAGAAGCCGUUCAAAGUCGUUUGGUUUCUAUUGCGGAUCAGUGGGAGUUCCUUACACACAAGACAGCAGAGAAGUCAAUGAAAUUAAAGGAAGCUAACAAACAACGUACUUACAUCGCCGCUGUUAAAGAUCUUGAUUUCUGGCUUGGAGAAGUCGAGUCUCUUUUGACUUCCGAAGAUGCAGGCAAAGAUUUGGCAUCAGUGCAGAAUUUAAUGAAAAAGCAUCAGUUGGUAGAUGCCGACAUCUUGGCCCACGAAGAUCGUAUUAAGGAUAUGAACGAUCAAGCUGAUUCAUUAAUCGAAAGUGGACAGUUUGAUGCGGCCGCCAUUCAGGAAAAACGCCAAUCCAUUAACGAACGAUACGAACGCAUCAAGAAUUUGGCUGCACAUCGCCAAGCAAGGUUGAACGAGGCGAUGACUCUACAUCAGUUCUUCCGUGACAUCGCCGACGAAGAGUCCUGGAUUAAAGAAAAGAAAUUAUUGGUCGCAUCCGACGACUAUGGUCGCGAUUUAACUGGUGUUCAGAACUUGAAGAAGAAGCACAAACGUCUGGAAUCUGAGCUGGCAUCGCACGAACCUGCCAUUCAAGCGGUUCAAGAUGCUGGUCAGCAGUUAAUGAACGUUUCCAAUCUGGGAGUGCCCGAGAUCGAGCAACGUCUUCGUAUGCUCAAUCAGGCUUGGGAUGAGCUGAAACUGAUGGCUGCCACCCGUGGUACCAAACUGGAAGAGUCUUUGACGUAUCAACAAUUUUUAGCCAAAGUUGAGGAAGAGGAAGCUUGGAUUAGCGAAAAGCAACAAUUGCUCUCUGUCGAAGAUUUUGGUGACAACAUGGCUGCUGUUCAAGGUCUGUUAAAGAAGCAUGACGCCUUUGAAACCGAUCUUGCCGUCCACCGUGAUCGCUGCAACGAAAUUUGUGAAGCUGGUAACAGUCUUAUUCGAGAUGGCAAUCACCAUUCUUCUUCAGUCGGCCAACGCUGUCAACAACUACAGGACAAGCUAGAAACCCUUGGGUCCAUUGCCAAGCGUAGAAAGGGCCGUUUGCUAGACAACGCGGCUUAUUUGCAGUUUAUGUGGAAGGCCGACGUAGUCGAAUCUUGGAUUGCCGACAAAGAAAAUCAUGUCCGGUCAGAGGAUUUUGGUCGAGAUCUUUCCUCGGUUCAAACUCUACUGACAAAGCAGGAGACCUUCGAUGCAGGCUUGCACGCUUUCGAACAAGAAGGCAUUCAAAACAUCACAACCUUGAAAGAUCAGUUGGUGAGUGCUGGUCACGAUCAGACUGCCACCAUUUUGAGUCGCCAUGGCGAUGUUCUUUCCCGGUGGAAUUCGUUAUUGGGAGCAUCCAAUUCGCGCAAGCAACGAUUGCUCCGUAUGCAGGAUCAGUUCAGACAGAUUGAAGAACUCUAUCUUACCUUUGCGAAGAAGGCAUCAGCUUUCAACUCGUGGUUUGAGAAUGCCGAGGAAGACCUCACCGACCCAGUCCGAUGUAAUUCUAUUGAGGAGAUCCGUGCCCUUCGAGAAGCCCAUGCCCAAUUUCAGGCUUCGCUGUCAUCCGCCCAAGUCGAUUUUGAGUCAUUGGCAGCUUUGGACGCUGAAAUCAAGAGCUUUAAAGUUGGGCCGAACCCGUAUACCUGGUUUACAAUGGAAGCACUAGAAGACACUUGGCGCAACCUGCAAAAGAUUAUAUCUGAGCGUGAUGCUGAGCUCUUGAAAGAGGCACAGCGCCAAGAAGACAACGACCGUCUCCGAAAAGAAUUCGCACGCCAUGCGAAUGCUUUUCAUCAAUGGUUAACAGAGACGAGGCUGAGGCUUCUAGGCUGGGACGGGGCUUCCAUGAUGGAAGGUUCCGGUACCUUGGAACAACAGCUUGAAGCAACAAAGCGUAAGGCGUCCGAAGUAAGAGCUCGUCGACAAGAUUUGAAGAAGAUUGAAGACCUUGGUGCUAUCUUGGAAGAACAUCUGAUUCUAGAUAACCGUUACACUGAACACAGUACUGUCGGCUUGGCUCAACAAUGGGAUCAGCUGGACCAACUAGGAAUGCGCAUGCAACACAAUUUAGAACAACAGAUUCAAGCCCGUAAUCAGUCAGGAGUCAGCGAAGACGCUCUUAAGGAAUUCUCUAUGAUGUUCAAGCAUUUUGACAAGGAGAAGACUGGCCGUCUGAAUCAUCAAGAAUUCAAGUCUUGUUUACGUGCGCUUGGAUACGAUCUUCCUAUGGUGGAAGAAGGUCAAGUUGAUCAAGAAUUCGAGACCAUAGUUGAUAUUGUAGAUCCUAAUCGCGACGGAUAUGUGUCCCUACAAGAAUAUAUGGCUUUUAUGAUAAGCAAAGAAACUGAGAAUGUCCAAAGCUCGGAGGAAAUUGAAAACGCUUUCCGUGCCAUCACCAACGGCGAAAGGCCUUACGUCACCAAGGAAGAAUUAUACGCCAACCUCACGAAAGAAAUGGCCGACUAUUGCGUUUCACGUAUGAACCCUUACGUCGACUCCAAGUCCGGAAAACCGGUCCUGGGCGCGUUAGAUUACAUGGAUUUUACCCGGACCCUAUUCCAAAAUUAAUGCAUGUUCUCCAAAUCUUUACUGUAGUUUAAGCUUGCUUUUAAUUAAACUUGGGUUGCAUUUAUAACUUCGAUUUCCCCUAUUUAACUACUGCGUCUGGCAGCUGUCAGCAUAACAAUAAGCGUAUUGCUGUGUCCCCAAUUUGGCUUAAGCGGGAAUAUCGGGGAUUGAUUGCGUUUUUCCUUAAAAUGAUGAGAAGUAAGCAUUUAAUUUUUCUUCCCCAUAUGUUUUCUUAUUUCUUUAUUAGUGCUAUUACAUGCUCUUUAGUAGUCAUAAGCUCAUUAUACUAUCAAAUAUACCAUAGAUUACA